AUGGUUUGUGGUAGAAAGAUCGUUGGAGGGGAGAAGAAAUCUUGCAGAAAUGUAAAUGUACGUGCUGCACUUAAAAACGCAAGAACAAAUUAUAUUGGAGCUAAACUUGGUGUCAAACUUGUUGCUACGAUAAUCAAGAAUUUAGGUGGAAAAGUUGAUGACCUGGACAAAGGACAGACAAGAGGAAAUCAUUUAGGUAUGUUUGUAAGUAAUAAUAAAGAAAGGGCCGAUAACAUGUUCAAAAAUGUGGGAGUGGCUAUUAAUAGCGGUGAUGGUGGCAACACACCUUGA